AUGUCCAUCCUGGAGCGCCUGGAGCAGAUGGAGAGACGGAUGGCAGAGAUGGCCUCCCAUCACCAGCAGAGCAGUGGAGGAGGUGCAGGGGCAGGAGGAGGAGCAGGAGCAGGUGGAGGAGGAGGUGGUGGUGGUAACAACAGCCAGACACAGUGUGUGUCAGGGCAGGGUCAGGCGGGCAGCAGCUUUGAGAGCCGUGUGGUGGUGGUGUGUGAGAAGAUGAUGAACCGGGCCUGCUGGGCCAAGUCCAAACACCUGAUCCACUCCAAGACCUUCAGGGGCAUGACCCUGCUCCACCUGGCCGCUGGGCAGGGCUACGCCACCCUCAUCCAGACACUCAUCAAGUGGCGCACCAAGCAUGCAGACAGCAUUGACCUGGAGUUGGAGGUAGACCCCCUCAAUGUGGACCACUUCUCCUGCACCCCUCUGAUGUGGGCGUGUGCCCUAGGUCACCUGGAAGCGGCAGUGGUCCUGUAUAAAUGGGACCGACGGGCCCUGGCCAUCCCUGACUCCUUGGGACGCCUGCCCCUGUCCAUCGCCCGCUCCCGCGGCCACACCAAGCUGGCCGAGUGUCUGGAGCAGCUGCAGAGAGAGGAACAGCAGCCCCCUGCACCUCUGCCCCCCACCACACGCAUGUCCUUCUCCCCCACCCCCCACGACGCUCCCACCUCAGACAGCUGGAUGGUCACAUGGGCCAGCGACGGCGUAAUGGCGCCCGGCGGGAAGAAAGGAGGCGCCACCUCGAGCAACCUCAACCCAGACUUGAGAAGGCCACGAUCCGAGCCCUCCAACUACUACAGCAGUGAGUGCCAGCGAGACCUGCCCCUGGCCAAGAAACACAAGCCCAACCCAGAGAUGUUCCAGGCCCGGCCCGACAAGGCCAUGUCUGUCCCACUGAGCCUGGAGCAGCAGCAGCUACACAAGCUGUCCUUCAGCCCCAAGAGCCUGUCCCAUGAGGGCCUCAGCCCAGACAAGAGCCUCUCCGGUGGGGGAAGUGCUGGAGAAGCUGGAGGAGCCAAGUGGCGCUCCAGGGAGGGUUUCUCCAGUGGGGGCUCAGGCAGGAAGGGCUCGGGGGGCUCUGGGGGCAGCAGCCUGGGAAAGGAGAAGCUGGCUAGCAGGCUGAGACAGAGGGAACAGCUGGGGAACAUGCUGGUGAUGGCUGAGAGAGAGAUGGUGGACACUGAGCUGCUGUCCUACAGAGAAGAUCUGGAGAACCAGGACUGUAUGACACAGAUGAACGACCUGCAGGUGAACAUGAUGACUCUGGCAGAGCACAUCAUUGAGGCGACCCCAGAGAGGAUCAAGAGGGAGAACUUUGUGGCCCUGGACGGGGUGCCCCUGGACAGUACUGGGGUCAGCAACACCAUGAGCUGGUUGGCCAGUUACCUCGGAGACGUGGAACAGCUGCCCAGCAUUAUACAUCUACGAUCUCUGUACAGUGGACCUCUCGCUCCGUCCUCCAGCCCAGGGGGGUCUCCCCUGAGGGAGGGGUCCAUGGAGAGGCCCACCCUGCCCCCCCCGGCCGACUGGAGCGAGUUCCUCCAGGCCUCCAACAGCAAGGUGGAGAGAGACCUGGCCCAGCUCACCCUGUCCGACCCUGAGCAGAGGGAGCUGUACGAGGCCGCCCGUCUGGUCCAAACUGCUUUCCGCAAGUACAAGGGACGCCCAUUCAGAGAUCAACAGGAAGUAGCUGCGGCCGUCAUUCAGCGUUGUUACAAGAAGUACAAACAGCUUACAUGGAUAGCCUUGAAGUAUGCACUUUAUAAGAAGAUGACGCAGGCCGCCAUUCUUAUCCAGAGUAAGUUCCGCAGCUACCAUGAGCAGAAGAAGUUCCAGCAGAGCAGGCGGGCGGCCGUGCUGAUCCAGCAAUACUACCGCGGCUACAAGGAGUUUGGCAGGCUCAGGCCCCACCGCAGAGGAGCCGCCGCCGCCCUGGUGCAACAUAAACUCAGAAGUAGUCUGCUCACUAAGAGGCAGGAUCAGGCUGCCAGGAAGAUCAUGAGGUUUCUACGCCGCUGCCGCCACAGAGUGAACGAAUCGAAAAGGGCCAAGGAACAUGAGAACCCUCAGAAGAGCCCCCUCACAAUGUGA